AAUUAAAUACUUUUGCUUGGUCUUCAACUCUGUUAAAUGUAAGCUGCACAUAUUAUUAACAUAGAAAUAUUUCAUUUUCAACAGAAUAAGACACACGUCGCCGUAAAGCGUCAAUAUCAAAAUUCGUUACGUUAAAUUUCAAGCCUAUACGACUAUAAUAUAAGUUAUAUAAGUGUAUUUUAUAGAAACUUAGGCGUCUAUAUAUGUACAUUAAGAUGUGUUAGUGUGACCAAUGUGAGUAUGCAUACAAUAUAUGGUGUGUGUGUGGUGCGAACUCGUUGUACAAAAAUAAUUAUUGUAAUUUCGUGUAGUUUUAUUGCUAAAACUGCUUUUAUGUAUCGGGGUAAAAAUGUAACCAGAAAAAUUAUACCGCUUUUUAUUCGAUUAUUAUUGGUGGGCCGGUCAAAAAUUCUUGUCUUCAAGAACAAAAUUUCAAAUCACAACGCAACUGCAGCAUCAUGUGUAAUAUCACCAUCCAACCGUGCGUAUAAUGUGUAAAUGUAUAUUAUACAAUGCGUUUUUAUUAUAAACUGGAUUUAUUUCCGUAAAUAAAUAAUAACUAUUAUUAUUAUUAUUAUUAUUAUUACUACCGUCGGUAUCGUCCGUGUCUUCCGUCUGUCGGAAAAAAUUCGCAGCGUUGCGACGUCGUCGCAGGAUGGAGGGGAUGUUGACGGACGAACCGCGUCCGGAGCGGGACGGGGCCGAGAGGACGCGCACUGUCCUGGCCGUGGCACAACGAUGCUCGCCGCGUUCCGUGUAAUACUCGCGUGUUGCGCCGCCGGGUGUUGCGUGUGGCGGCGGGCCGCGUGCCUGUCGUCCGAGUCGACGCCACUGUACCUGCGGAGCGCGUAUCCGCUGUGGGACCCCAAGUCCACGCCGUCCCAUUCGGCCGCCGAGCCGCUGCUGCUCACGCCGUACCUGCGCAACGGCAACAUACUCAGGGCCAAGCAACUGGCCCGGGUGACCGAAGUGUACCGGCCGCAACACGUGGUCAGCUACUCCGGUUACUUCACGGUCGACGACCAACACAACUCCAAUCUGUUCUUCUGGUUCUUCCCCGCCACGUGUCUUUACCACGAAACAGAAGCACCGUUAAUUUUAUGGCUGGAAGGUGGCCCUGGUGCCAGUACAGCGUUCAGCGUGUUUAAAGAAAUCGGCCCGUUCAAUUCCUCCUUUGACGGGAAAACUUACACAAUUGACGAAAAUCCAUUAUCUUGGCACAAUAACAAUUCAUUACUAUUCAUCGACAGUCCUGUGGGCACAGGAUUCAGUUUCACUGAACACAUUGACGGUUAUGCAACAAACUUCACGACCGUUGGAGAACAACUCUUUGAAGCUCUAACACAAUUCUACACUAUGUUUCCCGAACAGCGACCAAAUCCGUUCUAUAUUGUUGCUGAAUCAUACGGUGGCAAGUUUGCACUUUCUUUGGCGUCAUUAAUCCACAAUGACAAAACAUUAGCUGACAUAAAAAUAGAUGGAAUCGCAAUUGGCAAUGGAUUUUUAGAUCCUGAAACAUUAUUGUGUUAUGGAGAUUUUCUAUACCAAAUUGGUUUAGUUGAUAACAAUACAAAACAAGAAAUUAAUAAAUUAGAAUCCCAAGGCAGAAAAGCAAUACACGAUAAACACUUUGUCGAUGCAUUUUAUGCUUGGAGUGGUAUAAUGAGUACGUUUAUUGAGCAAACUCAAUUCCCAAGCUUGUACAAUAUCAUUGACGGCGACACGAUUCCGUGGAAUUCCACAAACACCAUAGGGGACGUCAGCUACAUUGACUUGUUGCAGACGGUCGAUAGCCGAAGAGCUCUACACAUCGGUGAUAUUGAGUAUACCAGUUUGGGCGUGAUCUAUUACAAAAUGAUACCAGACUUUAUGACCUCGGUUAAGGAACACCUGGAACAACUAGUGACCAGCUAUCCCAUUCUGGUGUACAAUGGUCAGAUGGACCUGGUCGUGGCGUAUCCGCUGUCCGUCAACUUGUAUUCGAACAUGAAGAGCCCGUACGGCGCUGAUUACAAGAAAGCAAUCAGAAAACCGUGGUAUGUGGAUAAAAAGUUGGCCGGUUACAUAAAAACGGUCGGAAACCUCACAGAAGUGAUGGUGAGAAACGCGGGCCAUUUAGUAUCCUGCGACAGACCAGAAGUCUUGUACGAUCUCAUACAUAAAUUUAUUACAAAACGACUCAAUCAAUAAAUUGUCACCUACAUCCUAAAAUAGUUUAAAAUGUCUACUAAUUAUGUUCAUCGUGGUUACCUAUUUGUUUUUAACAAACCACAUUGACUGUACACUAUAGUUAUAUAAUAUAAUAUACAGGUAUUACUAUCUAAUUUAACUGUUUUUGCCUAUAAUAUUUUCUUUUUACUUAUAUAAACUUUUUCAUUACUAUCAUGACUAAAAUAGUUACUAGAGCGUUCCAAAGAUUAUUAUUACCAUAAUGUGUUUGAAAUUUAGCAAAAAACCACCAAAUCACCAAACCUCUUAUUAUUAUGUCUGCUGUCGUCAUUCGUCUAUUCAAUAAAAAGUAAUAAUAAAUUUAAAUAUGAUGAAGUUUUUUUUUAUAAAAAAUGUGUCCUAUGGAAAAUUAUUUUGUAGUCUUAAGUUUUUUUUU